AAGUUACCGGGUACCCAUCGGUUGGUGGGUCGAAAUAUUCCCAAAGGAUUAUGUUUAGUAGGCCUCCCUCUGCCAGUUUCUUUUGUUGCGGUUUGUGAAUCAGUUCACUAUUAGCCAUAGUGAGGUUGUUUUCAAGUCUAGGAGUUACAGUGUAGAUUGACCUUAAGAUACUCAAGCUUUGUGGAAGAAAUGUCCGAUAACUCUUCAUUUGGAUCCACGGUUAAAUUUGGUCACAAUGUCAAAACGUUGUUCAGAUGGACGGGGAGCACUUACCGGCUUGUCUGGAAAGAGUUCAUCAUUUACACCAUGGCGUAUAUAGGACUUUCAAUUGUGUACGAUUUUGCACUGGAUGACGAUGGCAAAAAAGGAUUUGAAGAUAUUUCGGCCUACUGUUCCAAAUAUACCUCAUCCCUGCCUAUUAUUCUGCUGCUGGGUUUCUUCACAUCAACUUCCAUGCAGCGAUGGUUUUCACUCGUGCAUUCCAUGCCCGGAACUACAAGAGUUAUAGCCAGUUUUGUCAUGUCAAUCAAAGAAGGUCAGCCAGAAGGUUAUCAAAUAGUGGAGCAAUACUCACGUUGGAUCGUACUAGGUUGGGCGUUAACUUUUCGUCUCAUCUGCAAACCGUUGAAAAGAGUAUUCCCCACCCUAGUGUCGCUCGAGAAUGCUGGAUUAUUGCUGCCACAUGAGCGAUUGCAACUCGAAAGUGAGAUCGCUUCCAACCAUCCUAUAGUGGUUGUACAGUGGAAUCUUGCCCUGUUGAAACGAUGUAACCGACAAGGAAUGUUCAUGGAUUUCUCCGAUUACCAGCGCAACCAAGAUAAUUUGAUGACAUUUAAGAAAAGUUGCGGAGACACAAUCAAAUUUGCUGCUAAAAAUAUCCCGUUUGCAUUAAUUCAAGCCGUAACAAUUACCGUUUACUCCUAUGGGUUAGCAUCAUUAAUGGCGCGUCAACUGACUGAUGAGCAUACUCCAACUUCGUUCACCAUAAGGUACUUUCCUGUCCUCAACGCGUUUCAGUAUUUUCUCUAUUACCUGUGGUUGCAAUUUGGUCGAUUGGCAGCCUAUCCUUUUUCAGAUGACGAGAACGACAUUGAUAUUAAGCGACUCCUGCAAGCCCACGUAGACGAUGCUGUCCGGUGGCAAUCACUUUAUUCUUCGCCUGGUUUGACAGAGCAGAUAGUGUCGCAUUCCCUUCAUAAUUCUUCACACGAAUGGAUGAAUCUUGCAUGUCCGAAAGCACAAAGAGGCCUCAUAAGCGAACCCUUGGCAAAUGGCAACAAUCAAGAAAGUGCUCUUAUGUAACCUUAAACUGAAUUUUAUUUCUUUUUGUUACAUACAUAACUUUACUCCUUUCAAAAGAGACCACACGACUGUAAAUACAUGCAACGUUUUUUCCAAG